CGCACUUCACCACCACACCAUCCGGGUCCUUCGUUUUGCCUGUCUCUCAGCUACAUCUAUUCGCGGUCAGUAUGGAAAGCCACAUAUUUACGGCGGUGCAGAAUUGCGGCUAAUUGGCGACGAUUACCGAUUGGCGGCAGUAUGGUCCUAAGAGGACAUGAGGAGCAUGUGAUUACAUGUUUACAGAUCCAAGGUGAUAUGCUGGUCACAGGCUCUGAUGACAACACUUUACGAGUGUGGAGUAUCGAACAAGGAAAGCUGCUUUUCACUCUCGUUGGUCACGCUGGAGGAGUAUGGACUUCACAGUUAUCCACAGAUGGUAAAUAUAUCAUCAGUGGUUCAACGGAUCGUACUGUAAAGGUCUGGUCAGCGAAGGAUGGCUCUUUGAUUCAUACACUUCAUGGCCACACAAGUACUGUGCGAUGCAUGAGCCUUUUUUCUAUUUGCAGAUUAGUGUCUGGUUCGCGUGAUACAACUUUAAGAGCAUGGAACAUCGAAACUGGUAUGUGUGAGCAGUACCUUACUGGUCACGUUGCUGCAGUUCGAUGCGUCCAAUUUGACCUUGACGACGGUCGCAUCGUCUCGGGUGCAUAUGAUUUCACUGUAAAGGUGUGGGAUUUUGAAACUGGUAUUUGCAUACAUACCCUGAAUGGUCACACCAAUCGAGUGUACUCUUUGUUGCUGGAUGCCCGACGUAAUAUUGUUGUUAGCGGAAGCUUAGACACAACCAUACGAGUAUGGGAUAUUUCCAAUGGAACAUGCAUAAGUGUUUUGUCCGGUCACCAUUCUUUAACGUCUGGAAUGCAAUUGAGAGGUGACAUACUUGUCUCGUGCAAUGCUGACAGUGAUGUCAGGGUAUGGAAUAUUAGAGAUGGAUCGUGCAUGUAUCGCCUUCAUGGGCCGAAUGGACACACAUCAGCUAUCACAUCACUUCAGUUUCUCGACAAUGGUAUUGUGGUGACAAGUGGAGAUGAUGGAGCUGUAAAGUUGUGGGACGUCAUAAAAGGUAGGUUUUUGGUGUUCUGGAAUCCUUUGGAGGAGCUGUGUUGUGUUAAUAGGUGA